AUGGCCAAGUCGACAGGCCGCGAAGCCUUGAAUCAUGCCAUCGCCGCUGCAGACUUGUACAUGAAGGCUGCAAAAGAAGCCUCGUCACCAGUCGACCGCGCCCGUUUCAGAAAACAAUGCGAGAAACUCAUCCUCCGUGCCGAGCAGCUCAAGGCCUCGUCACCUCCCGCGAUAAGCGUCAAUGCCACCCCCAACGUUGGUUCCGCCACGAAUGCCGCUGCUCGCUGCCAUGUACGGCAGAUUCCCACGGGCGAAAGGACGAUUCUUCUUCGCUCAUCGCGCUUACAUGGCAACAUUUUUCCGCCAUGGCAAUCUGACCCGGCCGACAGCACUUUCACUCUCCCCGAAGGAGGGCAGGUUUUCUCGGACCCCGCGGAAUACACCAUGUCGGCACGACAACAUGACAUUCUCGAUGGCUGGAAACGCCCCGUGGAAAAGGCAGCGCUGCAAUCUGUAGACGAGGAUUUCAUGGCCACCAAAGGCGCGUGCGAUCUUGUGCAAGACAUCACAACGGAUUGCUCGGUCGUCGCCAGUCUAUGUGCCGCCAUGAAGAUUCUCCAGGGAAACAAACAUUCUAUACUCGGCUCCAUCAUGUUUCCCUUCGAUCACCAGAAGGGUAGACCGAGAAUUUCGAGUAGCGGUAAGUACAUAUUUCGGAUGCACUUCAAUGGCUGCUUCCGCCAAGUCGUCGUUGAUGACCGGCUACCCGUUUCGCGAAACAAUCGCACCCUCUUCGUCGUCGACCGCACAAAUCCAAACUUGCUCUGGCCAGCCCUCAUGGAGAAGGCCUAUCUCAAGGUACGCGGAGGCUACGAUUUUCCCGGCAGCAACUCCGGCACGGAUCUCUGGGUUCUUACUGGUUGGAUACCUGAGCAGCUCUUCCUGCAGAGCGAGGAUGUAGACCUCGAGGGGACUUGGGAAGACAUCAAGGAGGCGUACCAGGCCGGCAAUCUCAUCAUCACGCUUGGCACCGGCCGCCUAACACCUUCCGAGGAGGAUGCUCUUGGCCUCGUUGGCGAGCACGACUACGCCGUACUCGACAUAGAUAACUCGCCAGCUGCGCGUCGCCUCCUCGUCAAGAACCCAUGGUGUGAUGGUCUUGUCUGGAAAGGCGUCGGCUCGUCCGGACUGGUUGAGGCGACGGCCGAUCUUUCUCUUUAUGAUGCCACUGUCUCUGUCGAGCCCAUGCCACCAGAACACUCCCGACCUGUUGGCUCGUUCUGGAUAUCCGUGGAAGACGUCGCGCAGAACUUUGAGUCCAUGUACCUGAACUGGAAUCCGGAUAUGUUCACGCAUCGGCAAGAUCACCACUUCACUUGGCGCGUCCCCUCCAAGAAUAUGACAUCCUCCCUCGCGCACAAUCCUCAGUACUCGGUGGUGUCCAGGACCGGGGAGACGGUCUGGAUUCUUCUCAGCAGACAUUUCGCGGACGAAGAGCUCGACAUCGCUCGCAAGAAGUCCGCAUCACUAGCAGCCGUAUCGAGGCAGCUUGGGUUCACCAGCAUCUUCAUUUUUGACAAUCGAGGGAAAAAGGUCCAAGUUAGGGAGGGCUCUGCUUUCCAGGGCCCUUACGUCGAUUCCCCACAGACCCUCGCCAAGUUCAAGCUUCGCGCCGGCAAGACAUACACCAUCGUCAUGGCCCAUCAGGAUUUACCAUUGGAGAAUUACUCAUGCACGUUCACCUUGUUCUCACGGGCCCCACUCGAAGUCAAACCGGCCGAAGAAGAAAUGAUGCAUUACAAGGAGCUAUCCAGCGCGUGGACCAGGAGAACCGCGGGAGGUAACGCCUCGUCAAUAACCUACUCCCAGAACCCCCAGUUCAGCAUAUCCGUUCCUCGAACCACCCCGCUGUCCAUCCUGCUCUCUUCAGGAGACCGUGAGGUUGCCACCCACGUUGACCUGGUGUGGGCUCACGGUAAAAGGGUAACGUCCAUCGGGGUCAAGGAUGUUGUCGCAAGCUCAGGUGACUAUCGGCGGGGCAACGCACUCGUACAGGUUCCGAUGGUAGAACCCGGCACUUACACCAUCGUCUGCUCGACUUGGGAACCCGGCCAGCUUGCAGAUUUUGGCAUGCGCGUAGGCUCACAGGUCGAGUGCCAGGUCCGACCCGUUCCGAGUGAUGGAGCCGGCCUCCUGCGGAACCGCACACCAACUUUUGUUUUUGGGGAAGGCGAGGAGCAAAGACGAGCACCGGUGACGGUAUCAAGACUUACCCGCGCUCAGGUCGUCGUACGCUGUCCCCUCUUGACGGGUCUGCAUGGCCAGCACAUCCCAACGACUGCCGUUCGCGUCUCUCUCAUUUAUGGGCGCGGCCCUCAAGAAUCGGUCCUUGCAGUGUCUGGAGGUGGCGAGUUCCGUGAGCUGACUGCGACGGUGCGAACGCCCGAAUUUGAUAUCGAGCCUGAAAGGUUGCGGCAAGAUCCACUUUGGCUUGUCAUGGAACAGCUUGGAAGUCGGCAGGGCUGCCAGAGCAUCGGGGUCGAGUUUCUCAGCGACAACGCGGUUCACGUCGGUGAAUGGCAGAUCGUGGUAAACUAG